GGCAGUAAGUCCCGGAUGAAAUGUGAGAGUCCUUCUUCGGGUGAGGUCAGUGACGUAGUUCCGGGGUUGAGCGAGGUGCGGCGUCGUGGUUACAGGCACAAGAUGGCGGCGAGAGCAGUGAUUCGGGUCGCAGGGCGGUCGGUGCAGCGCGGCUGGGGCCUCGGGGUAACUCAGGGUCCCGGCUCAACUCUUCGGACUUUCCACGUCCAUUAUCGGGCGAUGGCAUCUGGAGGGAUUCCGACAGAUGAAGAGCAAGCAACUGGAAUGGAAAAGAUGAUCAUGCAGGCUGUAAAGACUGGAAAGGAUCCUUUCAAUAUGUUCAAGCCUAAGGAAUAUGCUGGGACCAAAGAUGAUCCUCACAUUGUACCAUCUGUCACUAACAAGAGGCUUGUAGGCUGUGUUUGUAAGUAUGAUAACUGCCUACACAUUCAAUUCUAGGUCAAUUAUGCUUAGAUUUUUCUGUAACUGAAGGUUGUCUUGUUACUUAUGCAAACUUGUUAUUUAUGAUUGGCUUGAAGACACGACCCUUUGUCCAGUGAGCCACUGACCAGGAAGGGUAGCGGUAUUCUGUGCUGCACAGCAGUG